AUGGCAUCACCCAAUCCAUCUGGUGAACGUUAUAUUGGGCAAGGAGCAUAUGGAAAAGUGUAUGAAUUGAUUGGACACGAACCCCCAGCUGUGAUCAAAUAUAUGCAUUGUGGCAAUGAAGCACAAUUGGAGUUCUUCAAAAAAGAAUGUGAAGCUUUGAAGCAGAUCUAUCAUGAAAAUCUUGUCCGAUUGUAUCGAUACACAGAAGAGGGAAUAAAAGUGGGGAUUGUAAUGGAAUAUUGUCAGAGAGGAACACUCAAGGAAGUGAUACUUGAUCCAACAAUUACAUAUUCAAUGAACACCGUUCUCACAUGGGGAAUCCAAUUAUUUGAUGCCAUUGAUCACAUGUAUCAGAAACAUCAAAUGGUACAUCGAGAUAUCAAACCAGAAAAGAUUUUUGUGACCAAUGAAUACCAGCUGAAGAUUGGUGACUUUGGAUUGGAGGCUGAUGUAUCGUGUUCCCAUCGAAAUGAUGUCUACAGUCUGGGACUUGUUAUGUGGGAAAUCGUCGAGAGGAGAGUGGUCUUCUCUCAGUGUACAAAUUUUCGACGCUUCCGUAGACCGACUGCGGGUGAUGCUUUGGAGCUUCUUCGGAGGAUCGCAACGAAAGAUCCAUUCAUCUCAACAUUAUCUUUUUUACCAAAAAAAGAUAAACAACAAAAGUCUCUGAUUAGACCGAUUGGUUUCAAUGGGGAGAUAGAUGAGAUUGUCGUCGCUUAUCAUCAAGAGGGAAAAGAAAUCUUUCAACCCUCUGACCCCACUUUAACGAAUAACAAAAGGAUUCGAGCGAUCGCAAAACUUGAAGAGUUUGAUAGAUCAAAAACAAUAGGUCGUGCCGGUUAUGGGAGGACAGUGUAUUUAGUCACAAAAAAUGAAAAGCAGACGAUCAUCAAAAGCAUCGAGUGCCAAAGUUUUUCCACCCGGAAAAAUCGCCAAAAAGAAUACGAGAUACUAGCGAUGCUGAGGCAUAAAAAUGUCAUUGCACAUCUCAAAACAUGGGCACUCAGUGAGAAGGAAAUUGGAAUCGAAAUGGAAUAUUGUGAUCGAGGAACGCUCCAAGAAGUGGUAUCCAACCUCAAAAUCGUUUAUUCAAUGGGACAAGUGAUCGUUUGGGGCAGGGGUCUUUUUGGCGCCCUUCACUAUAUCUACAGUAAACAUAGAGUGGUUCAUCGGGACAUCAAACUGGAAAACAUUUUCGUGAACAAGACCUUCGACCCAAAACUCGGAGAUUUUGGAACAGCGCGAGAAGUCGAUGAGACUCUCAACAACGGAACACCGGAUAGCGGAACGCCGCGAUACAUGAAUCCAGACAUAAAUAAUCUUUCCAAGGCAUCUCAUCGAAACGACGUUUAUUCGAUGGGGCUCGUGUUGUGGGAGAUUAUUGAGAGAAGCACCGUGUUCAUGGAGUACGGCAAGAAGUUUGAGCGAGACCGAUUCAUAACCGAUAUUGCGUUACUCAAACUGACUGAAUUAAUCGCACCCGAAUCCCCGCAGCCAAUUCAAGAGAUCGUGAAAAAAUGCACCGUUUUCAAUUAUCGAAAAAGACCUCUUGCCAAAGAGAUUGUCGAGCAGCUGAAACAAUUGGAUGAGAGCGGAUUUUUCCCGACAAUGAUCGAAGAAGACGAACAAACGAGUGAGCUCAUCCGCCCGAUCGGUUUCAACGGAGGCGGUGAAAGAGUGCCGGUGUCAAAGAAAACAACCGAAGAUCACCCCGACCCAUCCAUCCAGUCUACUACUCAUAGGCACAACUUUACAACGAAUGAGUCUGAGCGUUCCGCCAGAGGAGAU